AUGGCGGAUGAAGACGAGGUAGAGGUGCGAGGAAUAAAAAGACCUCUUGUCGAAAACUACAGCGACGAUGAAGAAGAAGAAGAAGCUCGAAGAAAACAAGGUACCGCUAGUAGAUCCGGCAGGAUAAGUACACUCGAAAUGAUGCGAAGAGCAAAAUUGUUGAAGAUUUGAUUGUGAUCCUCGUGUUUUUCACUCAUUCGACCGAUUACUGAUCAUGACAACUACAAUCCUCUUCAUAAUUAUUGAAACGUUCCCUUCUUUCCUCGUUUAAGUUGUUUACGGUAAAGGUAAAAUUUCCGCACAGCCUCAUACUACAUUAUGCAUUCAGUUCUUGGAUAGAGAAAACAAUGACAAAAACAAUACAUUGCCAUUAGGAAAACAGAUUUGUUUUACAAUAGUAUGGGGCUGUGAGGAAAUUUUACCAAAAGAGGUGUGUGAACUUUGUUUCUCUUCACUUUGGUGUCCAGUUCUCGUUUUAUUACAAAUGGUGUUUCUGAUCCCUUUCGGACUUCUUUUCUGAAAAGUUACCCGGCUUAUCCACAUGAUAAAUUUCUGAUUAGUAGAGUAGCUUUUUAUUUCAAAUCCUUUGUGUUGAAAAUACCCCUCUCACUCCAAAAACAAAACCAGUCGGAUUUUAUUCUCUAUUUUCCAGAACACAGCGCUUAUCAGAGUAGACAUUGUCCUUAUCUUGACACCAUAGACAGGUACAGUGUAGCCAACUGUUGAAUAUUUUUUGAUCAUGUAUGUAACAAACUUCCACAUAGUUGAGCAAACAAAAUUUUGUGGGUUUUGAUUUGAGUAGAUUUUGCAGAUUGACCUCAACCCACAUAGAAUCAGUUCUUGCAGGAACAAAUAUAUGAUUAAAAAAAUUAAACAGCUGCAGUAGGGUGAUGGAAAUAAUAGGUUUUUUUGUUUGACUUUGUUGUUGGGUCAGUUCUUUUUGGCCGCAAGGUUCUAAAAUUUUUAUAGAUUCAUUGACAUGAUGUAGCCAGAGUGUGCUGUGAUUCAGCAAGUAAUCAAAUAUGUGAAUGUUACAUUUUCAUCUGUGUUAACUUCUUGCUCCUUGAUAGGAGAAUUGCAAAAUUAAGUUCCCAGCAACACAAAAAAACCUCCAUUCUGCAAAAAAAAAUCCAGCAAAAUUUUUUGAUUUAUUGCUUUAUCUACUUGUAACAAUGGCCUAUUCAAAGAGUAAAUCCCUGUAUAAUAUGUCUUAGCUCCCUUAAGACUUCAUUUUGUUGUGGUUUUUCUAAACCUUCUCUUUUUAACAUGAUUUUCUUUUAAUGUCCACCAUAACUGAUCCGAACUCUCAGGUUAUGCAUGCCAAACAUACCCUAAAGAACCCUUUUUUUUUUUUACAGGCAUGUUCUCGACUUUGAUUUUGAGAAGCUGUGUUCUGUGUCAUUAUCACACAUCAAUGUGUAUGCUUGCUUGGUGUGCGGAAAGUAUUUUCAAGGUGAGAAUUGCUUUAGUCUAUGUUUUUGUGACUGUUAGGGCAUAGUAAAGUGUUUUUUUUUUGAUUCCACAGGCCGUGGACGUCGCUCUCAUGCUUACACACACAGUGUACAAGUUGAUCAUCAUGUGUUUCUUAAUCUUCAUACACUCAAGGUGAGACUGACAAUAAACACUUUGUCUCAUGAUUACCAGUAAUUUCCCCUUAUCUGAUUAUUAUUACCAAUAUUACCCUCUGCUGCUACAUAUUUCCUUGUAAAUUAGUUGAGAGAACUUUGUGUCACUGGUAGAUUAAGAUAACAACUUGUACCUGACAAGUUUGAGUAUUUUCAAUAACCGUUCACUGGACAGUGUAGAAAUGUCUUUGCAAAUGAUUUUAUUAUCCCAAAACACAUGUUGUUAGAAUGGGAGCAGGGUUGUGUCUUAACUCUUUUGGACAUUUAGGCAAAUCUAUCUCAUCAAAUUUUUAGACAUGAAAGACAAUGGUUGUUCAAAGCGUGCAUUUAAAAGCACCUUUUUUUGGCUAUCAAAGUGUUUUGGAAUCAAAUGAAACUCAGAACUUGUACUCUAAACUACAGGUUUUUGUCAAAUAAGUGAAUGUAUUUUUAUAGGCAUUUUAUAAUUAUGAUUGAAGUAAAGAAUAAAAUUCAUUACUACUUCUUUCAGUUUUACUGUUUACCUGAUAACUAUGAAGUUAUUGACUCUUCUUUAGAUGAUAUAAAGGUAAGUUUAAAUUUUAACAAUUGAAAUAAGUUUUAUGCCAUCUGUCUGCAAUUAUUCACACAAGUUAUUACUGAUUAAAUUACUCAACUUGAAGAGUCAAAAAAUUGUUUGAACAAAUGCAAUUUCCUUACCAAUUGUUUCCUUUUAAAGUAUAAUUAAAUGUAUAUAAAAUUAUUCAUAAUUGAAUGGUUGUUAUGUAUUACUUUGUUUAUUCAAUAUCAGUAUUUUUUAAAAUAAAAUUGAAAUUGUCACAGAUAUGACGUUUGAUGGAAAAACGACUGAAGUUGUUUCUCAUUCAACCAUUUCAGAUCAUUUUAAACAUAAAUUGUGGCAACAAUAUUGUCAAAUAUGAAAAGAGUCUAAGAUAGUUUAUAUGUUUCUUUUCAGUAUGUUUUAAACCCAACGUUUACCAAAAAUGAUAUUACGCAGUUGGAUAAAUCAGCAAAGCUGUCCAGAGCUUUUGAUGGCACAACCUAUCUACCUGGUAAAUAUUAGCAUUUUACUAAAUUCUAGGAAUAGUGUAGCACCCUUUUUUUUGGUUAUUCUGGUUUUUUUUAAAGCAUGUUAUCAUGUAAUUAUGCCAUGCUAGUGGGAUUAUUUUCUGUCUCAUUUUUGUCUCAAAAAUCUAGAGAGAAAAUUUAUCUUUUAAAUCAGCACUCUUUUUCCCCAUAGUAUUAACAAACAAUUUUCAUUAAACUAAUUUAUUCUUGUUCUUCAUGUAACCAUGUUCCCACCAAUAGUGUGGCUACAUUUUUCUGCACAUUAAGCAUGGACAACCCAACCCAUUAUGCCUCUAAUUGCUCUGACAAAGGGCUUAUGUUCAAAAGCUUUGAUUCAGCUUUGAAACUCUAUACAGUGACCAAUUUGCAUUAUCAAGUCAGUAAAAGUUAAGAACAGUUCCCAAAAAUACUGUUGGCUAUCUGUUGGCGGACUGUCAACCAACAGUUGGCGGACAGUGGGCCGACAAUAGGUUGACAAUGGGCUGACUGUUGGCCGACUGUUGGCCAACUGUUGGCCGACUGUUGGCCAACUCCUGGUCCACAGUUGGUGAACAGUUGUUCACUAUUACCAUCAAGUCAGUUGAUAAAACCAAAUUUUCUUGUGUUACCCUCUGCCGGUGCUUCACCACAAUUUCUGUAGAACAUUACCCCCUUUAUUAAUUUUUUUUGUUUAGGUUUUUUUAUGUGUUUUAUCCUCUUACAGGAAUUGUAGGACUGAAUAACAUCAAAGCAAAUGAUUACUUGAAUGUAGUACUACAGGUGAGGAUGAUGGUUGUUCUUAACUCUUUAACUCCCAUGAUCUGAUUCAGAAUUCUCCUUACUAGCUGCCAUACAUUUCUUUGCUUAUCAACAAAGAGAGUAAAGUGUCCUGUCAAAGCAAGUUUGUCAACUUGUAUCUCCAAUGUGAUGGAAUUUGUAUUGUCAUAUUUUAAGGAGAAGUUUCUAAUCAUUCAUUUCUGGAAGUUUAGAGGACUUAGAGACACAUUACUUAAUGGAAAACAAUUUAAAAGAGUGCUUUACAUGUAUUAUUUGUCUCAUUAUUAAUUACUGUCUUUGACCUUGUAUUAUUUAUUGAAGAAAUGGUUUCCAUGUUUACAUAGCCUGAUGUAAACACAUGGGAAAGGUUCAACUUUGCAGUUGUUGAAAUGGAGAAAAAAAAUUAAACAAAGACAACAACAAAAACAAAUGUUUUGUGUAUUUUACAUCCUGAUUGUCUGUUGAAGUCAAUACUGUGGUUCUGAUGAAUAGUUGUUUGCCAGUUCAAUGUUAUAAGUCUUGUUCAUGCUUUGAUUGGUCAGUUUUUCUGUGAUAUUGAUUCAGCCUAACUUCUUAUUAAAUAUCAUAUUCACCACAGACACAUGCUGUGAACUGAACAAGACUGCUUUACUUUAUCAACGGAUUAAUUAUGACUGAUCUCAAUGACAAAAUACUAAUUGAGUUUUACAACCAAUGAUCUCCUUAUUUCAAUCAACAGGCUUUGGCAUUCGUCCCACCAAUUCGUGAUUUUUUUCUUCGAGAAGAAAACUAUCAAAGCAUUAAGCGUCCUCCUGGAGAUAUCAUGUUUCCUCUAGGUAAGACCUGGGAGCAAUGCAAGAAAUAUCAAGAGCAUCAUUCACGAAGUAAACUAAACCCUUUAACUCCCAAGAUCUGAUUGUUAAUUCUCCCCUCUAGCCGUUACACAUUUCCUUGUAAAUGAGUUACAAGAAUUUGGUGUUUGAUCAAGAUAAAACUCCUACCUGAUAAGUUUGAAUAUUCUCAUUACCUGUUUGCUGGAUAAUGUUUAGAUGUUAUAGGGAGAAGUUACAUGUUAAUCACUUCUGGGAGUUAAAGGGUGAAAGGUGCAUGGUUUUCAACUUCAAUCUGAUAGAGAAAUAUGCCAAGCUAUGCUUCACACAUAUGAUUUGGGGUGCCUGUAUACAACAUUCUUAUUAGUAUGUUGCGAAAACAUGCUGGAAAAGCAGUUAUUUUUCCAUAAAUGAAACACUUUUUAGUACCUCUAGCUGUCUGUUUUGCUUAAUCUUGGAACCCCAGAGAUCUGAUUGUUAAUUCACUCCUCUAACUGCUGUACAUUACCUCGUAAAUUGGUUAUAAGAAUUUGAGUAUCUCAUUUUCUGUUUGCUGAAUAUAUAUGGAUAUUACAAUACAAUACAAUACAAUACAAUACAGUACAAUUUAUUUUGUGUCAGUAAUGUAGGGGGUGGUUACCCAAUCCCCUGAGCCUAAUGGUUCAUGUUGAAAAUGCUCGACAGAAAUUAUGGGGAGAAGUUAUAUGUCAAUCACUUGUGAGAGUUAAAGGGUUAAUUGGUUUGUUGUUUAUCUCUUUUCUCUUGUUAUCGUUCUCUAAUGCACUCAUGUCAAUUCUUUAUAUGAAUAACAUUUGUUAAAUUUAUUAAUUUGUAUGGUCAUCAACUUUUCUGGUCUACAAACUAUUUCAAUUUAUUUAUUUCCUGUUGUGAACUUUUGUUUUAGUUAACAGGUUUGGAGAGCUAAUUAGAAAAAUUUGGAAUCCACGUAACUUCAAAGCUCAUGUCAGCCCUCAUGAGAUGUUGCAGGUUGGUGUACUGACGUAUAUUUUCAUCUGAACUUUUCUUCAUUAAUGCCUGUUCUCAGAUUUUUAAUUGCUGGCUUCUUUAAUGACCCACAUUAAUUUUCUGAUUGUUGAUUCAAACAGAAAAAAAAAUCAUCCUCUGCUUUUUAGUUACCAUAAUCAACAUAACAACUAUGCAAAGAUUAGGCAGUAUCAGAUAUGUCUCAAAAGGGACAAAACCAAUCAGCGUAAUAUCACCAGUCAAUUGGAGCCAAGCUUGACAUCAUCGUUAGCCACUUAGUAAAUGCCACAAUUAUUAAAUGCAGGAAAACAUGUCUGACCAAAUCAGGAUUGGUUUUAGUUUUAAUAUGAUUGGUUGAGAUGGUGAUACAAGUUUUCAGGACCAAUCAUAGACUGAGAAAAGUCAGGUACAGCUGAAGUAAUCAUGGAUUACUUGCAAAACUCAAUUGAAAACUGAUCUAAAUGGCAACCCAUUAGAAACUCAUGACAAACAUUGUGUGACGUUUUUUUUUUUAAUGGGUCGCUAACAUUUUAGCUUGGAAGUCUUCCAUAGAUAAAAGCUUAUAACACAACCUUUAAACUGUUCAACACCAAAGAGUAAAUAGCAUCUAAUUUUUGCCAAGAGUAUCAGCCCUGAAUCAAACAAUAAGUUGAUGAGAAUUAAAAGAAAUGAUCACCAGCUGAAGAAGCUCUUGAUUGUUAAACAAAUUCUCUUUGUCAGCAGCUUAGGGCAUCUUUGGGGAUGUAUAGAGAACAGUGUGGAGAAUAUUUAUACUGAUGUUAGUGUAUAAAGAGUUUAAAAGAGAUUCAAAUGGUUGUGCUUUCUUUCCUGUGAUUAAGGACUGUUUCAUGAAUUCAUUUCUAGGCUGUGGUGCUUUGUAGCAAAAAGAGAUUCCAGUUUACUGAACAAGGUAAAUUUAGUAAUUUCCUGUUUCUUUAACCAUCCUCAUAAAAUUUUUCCUACAAUUUUCUUGCUGGUGUAUAUAAAAGUGGCUUCAGGUUAGCUGACAUAAAAUGAAUGAAUGAAUGAAUGAAUGAAUCUUUUGAAAACUGAAAAAAGAAAAGAAAAGAAUUGACCAGGGAGCUUGCUUGAUGAUUGAAAUUCAAGCAAUUAUUCCUUCAGUGUUAGAACUGUCAGUAAUAAUUUACUUUCAUCGGUUUAUUAGGUGAUCCAGUGGAAUUUUUGUCAUGGUUUCUUAACUCUCUGCACACAACUCUUGGUGGAACAAAGAAAGCAACUAGCAGUAAGUUGACUUAUGAGUGUUUGUGAAGCACUGACCCUUAAACUCCCUGGAAUGAGAAUAUAGGAUUUAAUUUUACUGUGUCAAUUUUAUUAUUUUUAAUAAUUUAUCAUUCAAAAUUCCUCUUGAAUCUGUAGAUUUUAAAGUGAAAAACAGGCAACCUGCUUGAAGCAUGAUUAAAGGCAGCCAAGUAACUAAAUUGGCAUUUGUUUUAGUUUUUCAUCUGAUUGCUUGAGAUGGUGAUGUAAGUUGCCUGGACCAAUCAGAGAGUGAAAUAAAGGAGAACAAAAGCAAUCCUAGAUCACUUUUCAUUUGAUACUCAAUUGAAACUUUCAAUUAAUGGAAAUAAAAUUUGAAAAAAGACUGGUGAAAAGAGGAAUUCAAGCCUAUUUCCCAAAUAUUAGGUGUUUCCAGAUAAACUUUUGUUCAACACAACAUUGUUAAGAAUAGUUCUGGUGUAUGCUGGAAUUAUCAGGUAUCUCUUUGCGAUUUAUCUUACACUGCUCCUUUUAUUUCAACAUUAGGUGUUGUUUACAAAACAUUUAGAGGCAAGAUGAAUGUAACGUCUCGUAAACUUCCCCAGACUGAGGUAAGAACAGAAUAGGAAAAUAAUCCUAUACCUGUUUAAAACAAGUCUUUUUGAUGUUAUGUUUUAGUAUUUACUGAAAUAGUGGGCAGCGUUGAAGGUGCACCCUGAUUGGCUACUCAAACUCCAAAUAUCCUUUGCUAUUCACCUAUGAGCAAUGUGCGCUGGAUUUGCACCCAGAAAUGUCAGCUUUAGUGGGUGGCAGUGGAUAUUUACCUCACCUCUUCAUGGUUCAGAAAAUAUCCAUUACCAGCCACCUCCACUUUGACAAAUAGUUGUUAGUUUACUAUAAAAUUAUUGUUUGAAUUUCAUGUUUAUAACUGUAAUUUGGUUUUUCUGUUUGAAUUUCAUUAAGAAUGAGGAAGAAACGAAAAAGGUUGUGGAUGAAGAAGAAUAUAAAGGUAUGUUCGUGAAUUUUUAUUUUUAUUUUUAUGGUGAGAGGAUGCUGUCAACCUUAAAGCGUUUUCGUCUAAAAAUAAUACAAGUCAAAAGGUUAAGAACAAAAUCAGAAUUCAGGAAGAUAAGCAGCCCCUUGUGAGCAAAAAAUGUGUUGUUUAUGUUUUUAAUCCUUUAACUCCCACAAGUGACUAACAUGAAACCUCUCCUCUCAAUAUCCUUACAUUAUUCAGCAAACAGUUAAUAAGAAUACUAAAACUUAUCAGUUAGAAGGUGUUAUCCUAAUCUAACACCAAAUUCUCAUAACAUUUACAAGUAAAAUGUGUGGCAGCUAGAGGGGAGAAUUAACAAUCAGAUCUUGGGAGUUAAAGGGUUAAGUGUGACCUGUCUGAUGCAGGUUAUGUUGGGGUUGUUUGCUUAGACACCUAAGAGCAAAUUUAAGUUAAUUUUUAAACUCAAAAUACUUGACUUGUUUGUAGUUAUUUAAUUUUUAACACAUCUGAAAUGCUUGUAACAUUUUCAUCCAUUUUUUUAAAUAUAAUAUUUAUAUACUAAUUUUUUUAUUUUACAUUUCACUUGAACUUGAAAAUGACCUUGGAUAGCUCCAAAUGUUGUUUCUUUAAAUUGCUAGUUUUCAUCACAAAAUCUAUAUCUAAGAAACUGCUUAUUAAGAUCUUGAGAAAAACUUAGAAAACUCUUUGUCAGGAAAAAGGGGUAAGUUUCUAAAGAAACUGUGGUGUUGCAUUGGUGGAAGAGAAUAACAAGGUGAUUUGGUUUUGUUGACUACUUUGAUCAAGUAAAUUGGCCACUGUCAUGAGUUUGAAAGCUGAUGUUAGCUUUGAAACUCUUUCCAGUGGCCAAUUAUUAGUACUUUUAAUUAUCAACUCAAUUGACAAAACCAGAUUAUCUUGUUUGAAUGUUUAUCUGUUUAUUUUUACAGAAACUACAACUGAUUCUCCCUACAUGUACUUGAUGUUGGAUAUUCCACCAUCGCCCCUGUACAAGGUAUUAAACUGCUUUCAUCACAAUCCACACUGCUAUGGGUUCCUGUUUUUUAAUAAGGAUACUUUAAAGAAAAAAUAAAUUUAAGGAUUUAGUCACUCUUCAAUAAUUUGAUAAGAACAUUAUUAAUAGGCAUUAUUAAUGGUCAAGAAGGAAGCACUGUCUUCAAAAGUGCUGUUUGCUAAUUCAACUGGUUUCUUUUUAGGAUGAAUAUCAGCAGAACAUCAUUCCACAGGUCAGUACUCCAGAUUUUACUAGCUAAAUGUAUUUGGCUUGAAGUUGACUAGCCAGAGGUUGAAAAUAAAUCUGUUUUUGAAAAGGUGUUAGGAUCAAUGUUGGUAUUUGAGCAACUGCACAUGUACCCCUCCCCUAACCCAACAUUAAUCCUUAACUGGUUAUCAGUUAACUGUUGUUGUGUUAACCCUUUAACCCCUGAGUGUGACCAUCAUCUAAUUUCUCCUUACAAUAUCAUCUCCAAAUGACACAUAGAGGUCACAAGGAAAAAGGAAAUGAUCACCAUCAAUAGAAGCUCUAGAUUGUUAAAUAAAUUCUCCUUGUCAGCACCUUGGAAAUGUAUUGAGAACAGUAUGAAGAAUAUGUCUACUGAUGUUAGGGUGUAACUGGUCAAGGGAGGGGUAGUUGUGCAGUUGCUGAGAUACUGACAUUGAUCUUACUAUUAAUAGAGUCUAGGAUGUUUACCAGAAAUUUUUUUAAAUUUUACUUUGUGAUACGAACAAACAUAAAUUAACAUAGUAACAUUCAAAACAUUGCAGAGUUUUAGUUAGAAUGUUUUCUUUUCCCCAUUUCUAAGAGCUCUCAAACAACAAUUUACAAAUCAAAGUUUUCAAGGAAGCUUUCAUCAAUUUUUGUGAUGAUAUAUAAAAUUUUCAAAACUUGGACUAGGUACCGGUAGUUCCCAAAUUUGUUGACAAGGAAUAUUCAUGUAAAGAAAUGCAGAUAAAGAUAGUUUGAAAAGCAAAGUAUCAUAUUUUUCUCAGGAAAAAAUUGCAUUGUGUUGUAUUGAUUUUCUGUUGACAAAAAAAGGCCAAUUUUAAGAAAAACAAAAUGAUUUUUAAGGGCUUUAAUUUUACACGAUGAUUUUUCAAAGUUGAUGGAACUUCUGGUUUACUUGCAACUAACAUUUUUUUUCUCUUUUAUCAGGUGCCAUUGUUCCAGCUUUUAAGCAAAUUUGAUGGCAAAUCAGAAAAGGUAUGUGGGCAUUUUAUUUUUUCAGUUAUGUGCUUGCAAACUUGUAUUAAAAUGAAUUUUAAUUGUUUCAAGUUGACCAUCAGGAACUUCUAAAAUUGGGGAUCAUUUCUUUUAUUCUCAUGAUCUUUAUAUUUGAGCCAAGGGUGAUAUUGUGAGGAGAAUUUAGAAGCCAGUCAUUCUUAGGGUUGAAGGUUUGAAGUAUAAGGUGAUUCAUAUUAAGUACAUGAGUGAUUAUUGGAAUGCAUACUUGUUUCUGCAUCUGGAUGUUACAUGUGUCUGAAUAUUGAACAACAGUCAUAUAAUGUUCAUAUUUAGGAAUAUAAAACAUACAAGGAAACAUUUGUAAAGAAGUUUGAACUCACAAAGUUACCAAAAUAUCUGAUCAUGUGUGUUAAGGUAUGUGUUAUUUGGGCACGAUCUAAUUAAUUUUUUGCUCAAAAAAAAAAAAGGCAAAAGGAGGUAGGCAAAGGGUUUGUACACAAUGUGUGAUUAACGUCAAAUUUUUUAUUUAAUGCAUGAAUGUUACAAAAGGCCAAGCAUGAUUUAUCAAUUUAUGAACCAGAACAAGGUGUGAUGUGCCUCCUGAAAUGUCUGAGACCCAUGAAAUUUUUUCUUUUGUUUUGUGAAAACUGCAUGAUUUCCCUGAAACCUUGUACACAAGAAGAGAAAAGUUUUCCCUGUUUAUUUCUCUAAAAUCUGUGCAUGAAAUGUGAUUAGGACCCCUCUCCUUCCUUUGAUACCCUCUCUAAAUUUAUUCAGACAAGAAAUUAUGUUGUUUCUGUGUUCACUGUGUUAUAAUGUGUGAGAAACAUUUUGAAACAUGAAAUUCUUUAUUUAAUGUCAUGGCAUUUGUAUUUCCAAUUUUCCUUGGCUUAGAAUUUUCCUGUUUGAUUUUUCUAUCUAUUAAAUCAUGACAAUGUAAUCUUUACCUCUACUAUUAGAGAUUUACAAAGAACAUGUUCUUCGUGGAGAAGAAUCCCACUGUUGUGAACUUUCCAGUCAAGUAAGUUGUGUAACAAUUUGAUAAAUCUUUGAUAUAUAAGUAACACCUUUAACUUGGUUCAGUAACCAAGACAGAAUGUCCUCCUUCCAAUAAGUGUCCCCUCUCUGAUAAGCACCCCCUAUGUAUUUGUUUUUCUGACCCUUCAACUCCCAAGAUCUCAUUAGUAAUUCUCCUUACAGUCUGCUACACAAUUUAUGUGAUGUUAGUUUGGGGAUCAACCAAUAAUCCCCUAAUUGAUAUUUUACUUUAUUUUCAUUACUUGUCUGCUUGAUAUCUUACCGAUAGUGUAAGGAUAAAUUCUGUCUUGUCGCUCACUAGUGGGACUUUAAGGGUUAAUGAGCACCCCUAUUCUGAUAAGUGCCCCUAUUGGGUAAUCAUCCUCAUUCAACACUCCUACUCUAAUUCAGUGGUACACAGUUAGAGUACAUGUUUAAAGCCUAAUUACAGAAACAACGGCCUUUUUCUUAGUCUCUCAACUAUAAAGUAUUAUGUCCACAUGAGUGCACAUUUCCUUCAAAUGAAUGAUCUUAUCUUAAAAUUUUGCCACAAUGGCUUGGCCAGUCAUACUAGAAGGAUCCAAGGACAACUAGUCCGUUUUCAAUUCUUCUUGAUCCUUUUCAAAUAAAAAUCAAGCCUUUUUGCACAUUCUGCUGUUUUUCAAUAAAGAAAUAAGCACCCUGUUUUGAAUGGGUGCCCUCCCCUGAGAUACCCAAAGUAAAUAACACCUCCCUCCUUCCCAUGGGCAGUAAAGUGAAUCAUUAUUGAAAGUACGGUAUACACCUUCCUACACAACAAAUCACCCCUGCACCUCAAAUUAUCUUGUUUGAUUGCCUUUUAAAUUUGCAUUUAGCACCAUAAAAACUAAAUCAUCAGUGCUUUGUGUGUUUUUCAGGGGGGUGGACAUGGCAGAGUUCCUGGUAUCAGACCCAGCUGUGCAAGAUGCUCAUCCCCACACUCAGUAUGAUCUGAUUGCAAAUGUUUGUCAUGAAGGAGAGCCAAGCAAAGGUGGGAUAGUAUCCCCUUAAAUCUCCAUCAUCCACUCUUCUUCUUCCUUUAUUGCCCCAAGCUCUUUCUAUAAAGGAAAUACUUAUAAGAUGUAUAAACAACAACAAGGCCAGGCCACAACACAAGGAGCUGCGUUCCCUACUCUUUGCAAGAAAUGCAUGGGUUCUUUAAGUUAACAUCCCCUGCUAACCAGUGCAGAGAAGAUGCAAGAGAUGGGGCCUACAGCUUUUCAUCCUUAUCUGAGAAGACUAGAGGUUGCUAACCAUUUGCGAUGUCAAAGCAAAAGUAGCACAUUUUCUUUAGCUAUUUAAAGACCCUGGGUAUAUGUCCAGUCUGGAGCUUGGGUACUCAAUCUCCUGCAUGACAUCGGGGUACUUUACAGCAUGAACCAACUAAGUGCUGCACCCAAAACAAGUUGGCAGGACUUAUUUUGUUGAAUCUGAUACAACUUUUACAGAAAUUCAGACCAUAAAGGUACAAUAUCCUAUAUCCUUCCCAUGGACAAAGAUUUCCUGAAAAUUCUCCAUGUCUCAUAAAGCAUACUAAGCAAAUGCAGAGACUGUGAGUUGUUUCUAAAGAAUUGUGCGCUUCCUUGUUGCCCAAUGUGUCUGAGCCUUGAUACUCAAAUUUAAUAUAUUGGUUUGUCAAUAGUAAUUACAAUGUAAGCCAUUCAGUUGUUAAAAUAGCCAAUUAUACUACUGUUGUUGGCAGCUUUACUGCAAAAUGGGGUUGUAGGGGAGGAGAUAGAGGGGUGGAGGGGGGAGAGGGGCAAGGUAGAAGAAUCCUUGCUCCACAACCCUACCCUCAGCCCUUUUGUAGCUUUAGUAGAAAGAGAGACAGCAUUGAUAAAUUCAAAAAGUGUUGUACUCUCAAAUGAGUUUCAGGAGUGGUUUGUGUCCUGGAAACACCUGAGGGCUUUUCUUGUUGCAAAGAAGCCUAAAAAAUGUGAAUAAAAGAGAAAACAUGCAUUAUAAACUCAUUAAACACAGGGUGAAGAAAUGUCAUGUUGCUUCCUUCCACAGGUGCUGGAACUUUCAAAGUUCACAUCCUACACAAAGUAAGAUUAAUACAGUAUUCAUUUUCUUUGUGUAAUUAGUAUUGCUAUUUUAAAGGGGGUGAGGACAUUACUGAGGUUUUUAUUGUUUGAUAUGUAUAUUUAGGGUGCAAACAAGUGGUUUGAACUCCAAGAUCUUCAUGUGAAAGAGAUUUUGCCUCAAGUGAUAACUCUCUCUGAUUCAUAUAUACAGGUAUACAACAUAAAAAAAUAUAGAGAUUGUUAA